AUGGAGCAUUUGAACAUUAUACAUGUGGUGUACACCCAGGCGAAGGAUGCGGCACAUUUUGAUGCUUUGGCAUUGAAAGCUUUAACCAGCUUGCAGCCGGAGAUCCGCAAGAGUGUCGAAGCGAAACUGCGAGCCCUGCAGGGCCUUCCGAGCCAAGCUGCUCCCGCAGUGCCGGCCCAACCUGUUGAAACGACCGCUGUGCCUGACCCAGCCUCCGCUGCAGUGUUUGCCGAAGCACCUGUUAACCCGAGACCUGCUAGCCCAGCCUCCGCUGCAGUGUCUGCCGAAGCACCUGUCCCGACACCUGCUAGUCCGGCCCCCGCCGCAGUGUCUGCCGGAGCACCUCUCCCACCGGCGAAGCCAGCCUCUGCCGCCGCAGUGUCUGCCGAAGCACCUCUCCCGACACCUGCAAGUCCGGCCCCCGCCGCAGUGUCUGCCGGAGCACCUCUCCCACCGGCGAGGCCAGCCUCUGCCGCCGCAGAGUCUGCCGAAGCACCUGUCCCGACAGCUGCUAGCCCAGCCUCCGCAGUGUCUGCCGAAGCACCUCUCCCGACACUUGCUAGCUCCGCUGCAGUGUCUGCCAAAGCACCUGUCCCGGCACCUGCUGGUGUCCCUACGGUGCCUGCUGUACGUGCUUCAGGUGAAGCCACCGCCGCAGUUUCCCCUUGGCCUUGUAACUACGUGGCUGCAGCUGCAGCCAGCAGCCCAGCCUCCGCUGCAGUGUUUGCCACAGCACCUGUCCCUGUUGUUGAAGCACCUGUCCCGACACCUGCUAGCCUAGCCGCUGCAGUGUCUGCUUCAGCACCUGUCCCGACACCUGCUAGCCCAGCCUCUGCCGCAGUGUCUGCCGGAGCACUUCUCCCGACAGUGUCUGCCGAAGCACCUGUCCUGCUAGUCCGGCCCCCGCCGCAGUGUCUGCCGGAGCACCUCUCCCGACACCGGCGAGGCCAGCCUCUGCCGCCGCAGUGUGUGGCGAAGCCAGCCUCUGCCGCCGCAGUGUCUGCCGAAACACCUCUCCCGACACCUGCUAGCCUAGCCUCCGCCGCAGUGUCUGCCGGCCGCCCGGCCUCCACCGCAGUGUCUGCCAAAGCACCUCCCCCGACACUGGCUAGGCCGGCCUCCGCCGCAGCACCUGCCGAAGCACCUGUCCCGACACUGGCUAGCCCAGCCUCCGCCGCAGUGUCUGCCGAAGCACCUGUUCCGCGACCCCUGAUGCUUGCCGUCCCUCACACCACUUUCUUUGCGGCUGCAGCCGAGGCCGUGCCCACGCAGCCUGCAGUCGACAGGCCUAGCCUGAAACGCCGACCGCCGAUCGACCCGGAUGCCUUACCUGUCCUGACACCAGAGCACAAAGCAAAGUAUGCCAACUAUUGGACGUCUUACUUCAAGAAGCAGAAAUCGGAGUCCGAACUGUCGAUGCCAAGCACCCCGCCGACAACGUCGCCGACAACGCCGGCUUCUACCGUGGAUUCGAAUGACAUGCUGGAGAGCCUGAUGCAGAAAGCCCGACACGACAGUGCUUUUCUGUCGAGGCUGUUGUCCUUGGCAGGCCUGGACUCCCCCAGUGCUUCCGUUGCUCCACCACUGAGCACAUCUUCCGCUCCUGCCAGCCUCGAUCCUGUGCCCAGUCAAGUGCCGCCGCAGCCUGCUCCUGCCGUUGCUGCUGCAGUCCCCACGGUGCCCAAUCCAGCUUUGACAGUGCCUCCUAAGGCUGAUCCUGCCGUUGCUCCCGCAAUCGCCACGGUGCCGAGUUCAGCUUUGACGAUGCCUAGUCAGGCUGCUCCUGUCGCAAUCCCUGCUGUGCCAAAUCCACCAUUGGCAGUGCCUCAGGCUGCUCCUGCAGCUCCCGCAAUGCCCGUGGUGACAGUGCCCGAGGCUGCUCCUGCCAGUGCUAUGCAGACCCUGGAAGUAGCUGUGCAGCAGGAAGAUUUCAAGUGCACGAGCAAGACGCAUCCUGCUGCUUGGGCAAAGAUGAAUCGCUUCGUGGCGAGAAACGAAGUGUGCAAGGAGCUUGGCAAAGCCUGGCAGGCGGGUGGUGACACGCGACUGUCGAUGUUCCAGAAAUGGGUCGCCGUCAACGGAAGGGGCUUGGACCUCGAAGCAGCCGUGCAGAUGAAGGUCAUUCGAGAAACGGAGGAGGUGGAUCAAGGAGUCUACGUCAGCUGGUCGGGUGUGCUGGCCCACUUCGAGCAGGACAUCAACAAGAGCCUCGCCUUCGCCGCAAGGCGCCGGGCCGAACACAAGGGCACCAAGCGAGAUCGCAAUGACCCCACAGUGGAGAAAUUCCUCUUGUGGAACGAUGCGACUGUGACGGACGAGGUGUGUCUCGAGGUAGGCUGUAAGGUUGCCGAUGUGGAGCAGCUCCUCUCGUCAAUGGACUCGGACCCCUUGUUCUACAAGAGGAAUGCACUGCCGGAGCGAGGAGCUCCAGACUCGACGGUCACGGAGGCGAAGGCCAAAGCCAAGUUUCAGAAGGAGAUGUACACCGAGCUGCCGGCCGAUUGCUGUGCUGAUGAUGUCCAGGAGUUUGUCACGAGCUGGAUGGCAGCUGUGAGUGACGCACAGGGCCAGGCUGCGAUCCUGUGUUCCGAGCUUCAGGACUUGGAGAGCCAGGAAAAGCUCAUGGGCUUGAUCGAUUCGGUGAAGUUGCAAUUGGCCGAUCUCCGCAAGGAAAUGGGUGCCAUCAACGUGGGAUCCGAGGAUGCAUUGACUUUGGUGGCGGCCGUGUGCGACAAGGCCAAGCCGCUCGUGAACUUGUACAAGAUCACCGCAGAGAAACAGCAAACCAUGCCGGCCAAGAAGAAGAGCAAGACCGACCUCAAGAAUGAGGAAGGGAAUGAGUGA